UUAGUGUAGGUGUGUUCAGUGCUUAUUCGGUUCCACAUUAAACGGCCUAGCUACGUGUUUUUUGGAUUAAUUAAAGUGAUUUCCGUACCAUCGCAUAAAUUAAACAACACUAAUAAAAUGCAAAAGCUUAAAUUCACCACUUUACACACAGUUGAUACUGAAUAUUCAGCUGAUUCGGUAGAAUGGUGUCCACAUCCACAUUUCCAAUCCUACUUUGCCUGCGGCACCUAUCAAUUAGAAGAGAUGUCCGGCGACAACAUUGCUAUGCGCAUUAAACGAAAGGGUCGUGUCUACCUCUAUAAGUUUUGUACGUCUGGAAAGGAUCUGGUUGAAGUCUAUCGCUUGGAAACAGCUGCUGUUCUAGACAUGAAAUGGUUAAUCGGACAACUUAGUGAAAACCCUCUAUUAGCUAUUGUCAAUUCAUUCGGUGAACUCCAGUUAUAUGAAUUAGAAAAUGAUGUAUUAAAAGUGAUCAGCAGCUUAGAACUAAAUCCCGACUGUGAUGAUCUACUGGCAUUGUCUUUGGAUUGGCGGCAUUCGGAAAAUUUAGCUGCUAGCCGAUUUCAAAUAUUAGUCUCAGAUUCCAAAGGUUGUGUAAAUCUGAUCGAUUACGAACCAGAGCGUGGACUCAAAAAAGCCAAUGUUAUUACUGCACAUGGAUUCGAGGCAUGGACAUGUGCUUUCGAUAGAUGGGAUGUAAACCGUAUUUAUAGUGGUGGUGAUGAUGUGCUUCUACAAGCUUACGAUCUGCGAUCGUGCUCCCGAAUUUUCACCAACAAAUCGCACAAUGCCGGAGUUACUUGCUUGCUAAGCCAUUCAUUGCGGGAACAUCUAUUGCUGACUGGUAGCUAUGAUGAGCAUUUGCGUAUGUUUGACACACGUUCAAUGAAACGUCCAUUGGCAGAAUUGGAUCUAGGAGGUGGAAUUUGGCGCCUCAAGAACGAUCCAUUCAAGCGCAAUCUUAUUUUAGCUGCAUGCAUGUACCACAAUUUUAGUAUUGUUCAGCUUGCCGAUGGACUGUUGGAUGGCCCUGAACUCAUUGGUGAAUACUAUGAACACAAAAGUAUUUGUUAUGGCGCGGAUUGGUGUCGCAAAGUAGAUGAUAAUCAGGAUUUGUAUUUAGCGACAUGUUCCUUUUACGACCAUAAACUUUGUGUGGCUCAAGUCGACGAAGAAGAUCGUAAGCAGUAAGUGCAGCUUUCACCACUUAUCAUCUGAAAACUAACAUCAUCGCUUGUUCGAGACACCUAGUAAAAGCGGCAUCACCUAUAAACGUUUGCAACCCUGUUGUAAAUGCUAACCUGAUACUUUUCUGAUGUUCGGCAUUUGGUUUUCAUUGAUAGAAGGUGAAUAGGUAAAUAAAAUUA